ACAAAAUAAAAAAUAUAUAUGCAUUAUAUUGUUUUCCCUCCUUGCAUGCCUGUGCUGCUCAAUAGUAAGUUUACUGUGGAGGCUGAAUUUCAUGUUUUCAGCUGAUGGGAUGCAGGGGGUGGGUUCCUCUCUGCAGCUCCGCCUCUGUGUAGCCUACUGUUUGGAUUUUCUUGGAUGUGUGUUAUUUACUUUGUAGUGUUGGGGUGGCUGCCCACACGUGCCGCUGCCAGUCUUCUUUGUCCUGCUUCACAGCUUCACUGGCUGCCAUGGGCACUGCCUACGGGGAGAGGAGCUGACUGCUUUGCCAUUUCCUAAUAUUGCAUCCCAUGCAGCAGUCUUCACCAGCAUCUAGUCGUUGCAUCGCGGGAGGAGUCUCAGCCUGUUUUGCGCGUCUUCCGUGGCACAAUGACCGGAUUCCCGUAGGCGAUACCCAGCGACGUCUGCCCACCUGGAAGAUGCUGAGAUGAAGCAUCUUUUGAGCGUUUCCUUUUGGGCUCCGGCCGGACUUCUUUCGUUUGGAUGAUGCGCAGAGGGGUUCUCGGUGUCUUUAUGUUUCACCCAGAUUUGGAAACCCCCCAUCCCAUCAGGAGAUCCAUGCCACGAGUUUUGUACCGUUGUCAUCAUGUCCCCAGCAUCGGCUGCAACGGCCAGUGAAAGCAGCACCACCACCGUCCCCGAAGAGGAGUCGGACACCCCCCGAGAGGAGCAGCGGCCCCAGAAUCAGUCCCUGACUAAAUCAUUGUGCCAGGAAACGCACUGGAAAUGCCUGCUGCUGUCCCUGCUGAUGUAUGGCUGCGUGGGGGUGAUCGCCUGGUGCCAGGUGACCAAGGUCACGCGCCUCUCCUUCGAUAGCGCCUACAAGGGAAAGUCUAUGAUGUAUCACGACAGUCCCUGCUCCAACGGCUACAUCUACAUCCCUUUGGCCUUCCUGGUAAUGCUCUACGUGGUCUACCUGGUGGAGUGUUGGCACUGCUACACAAGAAACGAGCUGCAGUACAAGGUGGAUGUGGACAGUGUUGCAGAGCGCAUCCAACGAAUGCAGCAGGCCACGCCCUGCAUCUGGUGGAAGGCCAUUAGCUACCAUUAUGUCAGGAGGACGCGACAGGUGACACGCUACCGCAAUGGAGAUGCCUACACCACCACACAGGUCUACCACGAGCGAGUCAACACCCACGUGGCUGAGGCGGAGUUUGACUACGGGAACUGUGGGGUUAAGGACAUCUCAAAGCACCUGCUGGGCCUGGAGGGGUUCCCCAUGACCAGGCUGAGGUUCACCAAGUGCUUCAGCUUUGCCAAUGUGGAGUCAGAGAACUCCUAUCUGACCCAGCGGGCUAGAUUCUUCACAGAGAAUGAGGGCCUGGAUGACUACAUGGAGGCCCGUGAGGGGAUGCAUCUGAAGAAUGUAGACUUUAAGGAGUAUAUGAUUGCCUUUUCUGACCCUAAUCACCUUCCCUGGUAUGCAUCCAACUCCACUUUCUGGACGGCAGCUGCUUUCACCCUCUCCUGGCCUCUGCGGGUGCUGACAGAGUACCGCACUGCCUGUGUACACUACCACAUAGAGAAGCUGUUUGGCUUCGACUAUGUGCCAGUAACACCCUCUGAGGAGCGGCCGUAUUGCCGACACAUCCCACGAGUCAACACAAUCGACAGCACGGAGCUGGAGUGGCACAUCCGCUCCAACCAGCAGCUGGUACCCAGCUACUCAGAGGCAGUUCUCAUGGACCUGGCCCAGCUCUCAGGGAGUUCCAACAGCUACUCCAUGUGCGGAGGCUACGGUAGCUACAGGCAGAACUGUGAACGCUGCCACCGUGCCAUCAGCAGCUCUUCCAUCUUCUCUCGCAGCGCCCUCAGCAUCUGCAACACGGGGAGCCCCCGCAUCCCCUUCAGUGCCAGCCGCUUCUCGCUGGGUCGGUUGUACGGCUCCAGGCGGAGUUGCCUGUUCAGGAGCAGCGGGAGCCUGAAUGAGCAGCCCUGCCCCACAGAGAGCACACACUGCCUGUCAGGCCAGCAGACCACUGAGGAGAACCCUCCAGCCUACCAGGACGCUCUGUACUUCCCAGUGCUCAUUGUACAUCGCAACGAAGGCUGCCUCAACCACGACCACCGCUCCCUGCACAGAAACGGCUCCUGUGUGGAAACUUCUCUAUGACCCACCUGAGCAUAGGGAUAUUAAGCUACAGCAACAGGGUGAGAGACCUUUUUACACCAGGGUUGGGCUAAUAUUGACUUCUGUUUGUCACUUUUACAACAGGGACAGUUAUGACAAACAAGGAUUUGUUCAAGUUUCUAAAAAUGCUGUCCCUCAAACAAACAGAAAAUGAAGAUUAUCUGGGAAAGUCCUUAGAGUACAGUCAAUAAGUCAGGGUAAAACAGACUUGAUGCUAUUAAUGAGACUGUUGUUUAAAAUACAAUGCGCCUUUAAAGGACCAAACUGUCAAAGUGUACUGUCCUGUGGCGUUCAUAAGGACAAGAGUCCUAAUAACCAAGGAAUACCAAGGGGAGUCACUUCCUACUGUAAAUGCCAUGUUUGUAGAUCUUAGUCACGGACGAUUUACAAGGACGAGUAACAAGUAUUUGAAGCCUAACAUAGGUUUUGACUCAGCAGUCGCCUAAGAAAUUGCCAAGAAAUGAAAGGGAUAUGACAAUUAAUGGACGCCUGAAUAGGAAAUGAAGAAAUAUUGGGGAAAAUCAUAGACUCGCACAUCAUGUGGGUCAUGUGGAUUGGCUGAAUUAUGAGAGAAAAUGCAAAGAUAUCAGCCUCCUUGUAAAAGCAUAAUUAACAUGACUAAAAAUAAAUUUUAUGGCUCUUAUAAAGUGAAGCCACCUUUAUCUAGCAGCUAAACGUCUGCAUGUGAAACUGGGCUCAUGGAAAUGCAUUUAAAAAGGGACACAUUUCCAUAGUAUAAAAAUCAAUGUCUGAUACAGAUGCUGAAGUAGUAAGUUAUUUGAAAUCAGCUUGGUUGCAAUGACAUUACACUUCCCGGCUUGCUAAAUAUAGCAACGUAGAUGAUAAAUAAUUUAGCACAGGUGGGCUAAAACACUUCUUCAAACAGUUUCUUAAUUACUAUAAACUGUACAUUUUGUAUAAUGGCCAACUACGUAGUAAUAAACUCACCAUAAUAUAAAUAGAUCAGUGUCAGUUCAGCUAGUUUAAAAAAGAUCUGUUUAAUUUAAUAUUUGGCAAUAUUUGUAUUCAGCCUACCUCUUUAUUUAAGUGCCUAGCGAUCAACUGUUACUGACAAGCAUAAGCUAUUAUAACUGAAGUCAUCUCAUCUCAACAUCUUCCUAUUAAGACCUGAUCUCAUUGUUGUUUAAAAUUUGCAGGGUUUUAAGAAUCAGGCCCUACAUGUUUUCCAGAUGAUUUUCCUCAUAUUAUAACACAGCUCUCGUAUAACCUACUGAUGUUGCUGCUGAUGCAUAUCAGAGAGACAGCCAGAGAGCUGGCCAUCAAAGACGGUAGAAACAGGCAGAGGCCUGGAUUCACUACUGAUAGUGUCAGAUUUAAUAAUAUGACAGGAUUACUUCAAAGAACAACAAAAAAUACUCCCUCUCAAAUGAGUGCACGCAUGGUGAAUUUUAUCUGCAGUGAAAGAUAAACUAGCAUGGAUCGUUUCCCACCAUUAAGACCAAGAAAACCAUUAAAAUGUCUAAGAAUAGUAAAUAUAAGAAUAUUUCCUGUGGUCUGACAUUUUGCAUCAACUUCUUGUUAAAACUUGUCUGUACAUUAAUGAGCCUGUAUUGUAAAUUGUGACCAAUUAGCCAUACUAAUUACAUUCCAUGUGUGGUGUUUGGAAUUACGGAAUAACUUUAUAGCAAUACUAGAGAAUAGACACAGAUUCUAUCAACCCUUACAUUUCAUUCAACAGUGAAUGAAAACAUUCUGUAAACUGUUUUAAACUGUUUUCACAGCUCACAGGCCAUCUAUGCAAGCCCCUAAAACUCAGGAUAGUAUUCAGGGCAAAGAGUCUGCUUUGCAGAAACAUCUCAACACCUGGUCAUCACUUCUUAGGUUCUGGAAGCAGUUAUGCAGACAUUUUAUUUUGCAUUUUCAAAGGCUUCAGCUGCGCAAUCACCGGAUUGUUUUUUAAUGAGGGGUUUUGCAAACACAGGAUGCUGAACCAAACUGUCAUACUGUAACAUUAACUAAUUUUCCCAUUGCAGAACACAGUGGGCAAAAUACAGGAUUGUAGUUGCACUAGCUAUUCGUAAAUCCAUUUCUAAAUCCUUCCAAAGUUCUUAUUGACAACUAGCUAGUUUAAAGGGAUUUACUAAAUUGGGUUGAGCCAUUAGAACUUAAGGAAUGUCUUAGCAAGUAAAAACCUUUGUAAUGUGUAAGUUGGUUAACGUAACAUAACACUAAAUAUAAUUAUAUCAAUUUGAAUUGCCAAUCUUUUGUAGGCCUACAUGUCGAUAUGUGUUUCAGAGUUAGUAGUAUCGAUGCAAUUUAGACUGAGUUGGAAAUUAGUUGUUUAGUAAUUUAGUCAGUAAGCUAAACUAAAUUGAGGUAUUUUGACUUGUUUUUGUGAAAUAUAAUAAUUACAUAUUUAUCCAUCAUUAUUAUAUUAUUUUACUAACAAGUUGGUUUAGUCAGUUGGUUCAGUAACAGCUACACUUGGCAGUUAGUUGGUGAAGAUAUUUAGAAACAACUAAUCUCUACUUAAGAACUAGUUUGUGUGGUGCAACCCUUUUUAAUUUAGUGUGUAAAUUAAUGUGUAACUCUCCACUGAGUUAUAACACAGCCAAGUUUGAACUUCCGAAUAGCCGGGGCAACCGACUCCAGGUCCAGGUGUUCACUACACUUUUGAGAUUUUGGGAAAUAUGCUCAUUCGCCUUCUUCCCAAGAGUCAAAUGAGGGGAUCAAUGAUCUGAUGUCUGUACGGCUAGUAAGAAGCUACUGACAGCAGCCGGUUUCCUUAACAUAGCAUAAAGAUUGGAAAUGGGAAAACUGCUAGCCUGAACAAAAUCCAACUAUCAGCAUCUCUAAAUCUCAAUUGUUGAUUCUGUACAAAAACUGAACCGUAAAAAUAUCAAGUUAUUAUUUCACACGGGUUAUGUGUUGGACGUGUUAAUUGGCAGAUUUUGUUUCCUUACAUUGUAGCCAUUUCCCCCUGUUUCCAGUCUAAGCUAAGCAAAGCUAAUAAAGCUAGCCUUAUAUUUACUGAACAGAUAUAAGAGUGGUAUUGAACGUCUUAUCUCAGCAAGAAAACAAGUAAGUGUAUGUCAUGAAAUGUCAAACUAUCCCUUUAAUGGUUUAUGGGUGGUGUAUUACCAAAAGAGAAGUUAGGGAUUGAAAUUAAUUCAUUAAUUCAUUUAGUUUCUUUGUGUAGUCCCAUCAUGUACUGUCGGGUAACGUGUAGGACCAUAAGGAAACCACAAGGAAGAGCAUGUAAAUUCCUCAACAGAUUAAAUAUGUACUGAAACAUCUAUCUUGUAUAUCAUUUUGGAUUGUAGUUGCUGUUUUAUACUUAAGUCAUUACCUUUGCUCAUUCAUAAUUAGCCAACAAGCCUCUCUGUGGCUUCACUGUGAUACCCAUACAGUCAUUGUAAGAGGAGAAAAAAUGUGUUUACCGGUGAAAUGUUUACGUAACAGCAGUGACAAAAAACGAUUUGGGGUAUUCAAACGGUUAUAAAUCUGACUGGAAGGUUCAUAACUACACAUUUUUCCUCCACAGAUGACUGUUAGCAUAAAGCACUGAACCCUUUAUUGUGUAUGAAGUAGAUUAGGUUGUUAUGAUAUGUACUCUUUCACUCAAGAAUGCUCUGGGGUUUGUCUUUUUAUAUUUCAAUAAUUCUGUGGAUUUUUCAAGAUGGUAGGGCAGAAAGGAUUUGUAUUGUAAAUAAAAUAGAGAUGAGAGGUUAGAAUGACAGUCGAUGUGAUUAGCUGAAUGUGUCACACACACUUAGAAGCAACUGAAGUAGGGGCAUUUUUGAUUUACAGAUUUUAAAUGGUGAGUUUUUUAAGUGACAAAUGGCAAUAUAAUCUGUUAUGAAAUGUUUCAAGCAACACAGCCAACAGCAUCUUUGUGCUGCUUUUCAUUUACUAUUUUAAAUGAUUUUUGUUUCCAUUUAACCCCAUUUUUAAAUCACAUUUGAUACACCUUUAUUUAAUGUCAAAAUGAUCAGACUGACACUUCUUUUUAAGGAAAAUGGUUGAGUGAUUAUUGAUAGAAUAGCUUUGCCUCUCUUCAAAAACAUUUUGCAAGCUAAGAAACUGGGAAAACGUGACAUUAAUUACACUAAAGAUGUUGCUGCAAAUGUGAUCCUACUAUACUAUUAGCCAGUAGAUAAUAGGUAAAAAAAACAACACAAGUCUGUAUGUAUUCAAACACCACCACAACGUUGCCUUGAUGUUACAUAAGGACUGAAUACCAAAUCUGUGUAUCAAAAUGGAAAAAUGGCUCCUCAAUAAACUAAAAUACUCACUAAAAUAUGUGUCAAAAAUUACUUCAAGUGUUGGCACAUCCAAAAACAAUGUCAGUAAGUGAUGUUUUGUGUCUUGUAAACAGGAUAUGUGGUCUAUAAGCAUGUGACAAAUAUGCUGAUGAGAUAUAUAAUCACUGUUUUUGUGCUUGUAGUUUUUACGCAUGUUGUUUUGUUUGAGGUUAUGGUUAUAGCACAGGCUUACAAAACUACAAAUGUUUAAAGCAGCAACAAGAAAACAGGUAGAUAGUAGAGACAUCCGGGUGUGAAAUCACAUCAUUUACAUUUUAUUAUAUGUGGACAAUAUACACCAACAAAUAUCAAAAAGAGCACAACAAUGUAAAGCUGAUUAAUGCUAAGCAUCCUGGGGUAAAUGUCCCCUUACAGCA